AUGGGAUUAUCAAGCGACAAUGUUCAUGGACUCAUUCUAGCCGUUUCUUCAAGUAUUUUUAUCGGGAGUAGCUUCAUAAUCAAGAAGAAAGGCCUUAAGAAAGCAGGCACAACAGGAGUUAGAGCAGGAUCCGGAGGGCAUACAUACUUGUAUGAACCCUUAUGGUGGGCUGGGAUGAUAUCAAUGAUUUUAGGGGAGAUAGCUAAUUUUGCUGCUUAUGCAUUUGCUCCAGCAAUUCUUGUAACUCCUUUGGGAGCAUUAAGUAUUAUUGUCAGUGCAGUGCUUGCUCAUUUUGUUUUGGAGGAAAAAUUACAUAUAUUUGGAGUACUUGGUUGUGUUCUUUGCAUGGUGGGUUCUACUGGUAUUGUUUUGAAUGCUCCACAAGAGAGCCCAAUACAUUCUGUUAAAGAAGUAUGGCAUCAUGCUACGCAGCCAGGUUUCAUUGUCUACACAGUUUUUAUACUGUUUCUCAUUGGCAUCCUUAUUUUCUAUUUUGUUCCACGUUUUGGGAAGACUCACCUAAUCGUAUACGUUGGAAUCUGUUCUCUCAUGGGGUCUCUUACGGUUAUGAGUGUAAAAGCAGUGGGUAUUGCUCUGAAGCUGACUUUUUCAGGAUCAAACCAAUUUAAAGCGUAUGAGACUUGGGUUUUUGCCGUGAUAUUGACGGUCUGUUGUCUUUUUCAGAUUAAUUAUUUAAACAAGGCACUGGAUACCUUUAACACUGCUGUAGUUUCUCCAGUUUAUUAUGUGAUGUUUACAAUAUUCACCAUUCUUGCCAGCGUGAUCAUGUAUAAGGACUAUGAGUCACAAAAUGCGUCACAGAUUGUGACUGAAUUAUGUGGUUUUGUUACUAUCCUAGCUGGUACCUUUCUACUUCACAAAACCAGGGAUAUGGGAAAUGCAGUAACGGGUAGGGGCAGUGUCGUAGGUCGUCGAUCUCUCAGAUGGUGA